AUGGCCGCGCAGGGCGAAGCCGGCUACCUGGCGGCACACUCGGACCCGGGCUCCAACAGCGAGCGCAGCACCGAUUCGCCUCUGCCCGGCUCCGAGGACGAUCUGGCGGCCGGGGCGCCCCUGCACAGCCCCGAGUGGAGCGAGGAGCGUUUCCGCGUGGACAGGAAGAAACUUGAAGCCAUGUUACAAGCUGCUGCUGAAGGAAAAGGCAAAAGUGGGGAGGACUUUUUUCAAAAGAUCAUGGAGGAAACAAAUACACAGAUUGCUUGGCCAUCGAAGCUGAAGAUCGGCGCCAAGUCGAAGAAAGAUCCCCACAUCAAGGUUUCUGGAAAGAAAGAAGAUGUGAAGGAAGCCAAGGAAAUGAUUAUGUCUGUCUUGGACACAAAAAGCAACCGAGUCACUUUGAAGAUGGAUGUUUCACAUACUGAACAUUCUCAUGUGAUCGGCAAAGGUGGCAACAAUAUCAAAAAAGUUAUGGAGGAAACAGGAUGCCACAUCCACUUUCCAGAUUCCAACAGGAAUAACCAAGCAGAAAAAAGCAACCAGGUAUCUAUAGCCGGACAACCAGCAGGAGUAGAAUCUGCCCGAGUUAGAAUUAGGGAAUUGCUUCCUUUGGUGCUGAUGUUCGAGCUCCCAAUUGCUGGCAUUCUACAACCAGUUCCUGAUCCCAACUCCCCUUCUAUACAGCACAUAUCACAGACGUACAACAUUUCAGUGUCAUUUAAACAGCGUUCCCGAAUGUAUGGUGCUACUGUCAUAGUUCGAGGGUCCCAGAAUAAUACUAGCGCUGUGAAGGAAGGAACUGCUAUGCUCUUAGAACAUCUCGCCGGGAGCUUGGCCUCAGCAAUCCCUGUGAGCACGCAGCUAGACAUCGCAGCUCAACAUCAUCUCUUUAUGAUGGGUAGAAAUGGAAGUAAUAUCAAACAUAUCAUGCAGAGAACAGGUGCUCAGAUCCACUUUCCUGAUCCCAGUAAUUCACAAAAGAAAUCCACUGUCUACCUCCAAGGAACCAUUGAAUCUGUCUGUCUUGCAAGGCAAUAUCUCAUGGGUUGUCUGCCUCUUGUUCUGAUGUUUGACAUGAAGGAAGAAAUUGAGGUCGAUCCACAGUUCAUUGCUCAGUUGAUGGAACAACUUGAUGUCUUCAUCAGUAUUAAACCAAAGCCAAAACAACCAAGCAAGUCUGUGAUUGUGAAGAGUGUUGAGCGAAAUGCCUUAAAUAUGUAUGAAGCAAGGAAAUGUCUCCUCGGACUUGAAAGCAGUGGGGUUACCAUAGCAACCAGUCCUUCCCCAGCACCAUGCCCUGUCGGCCUGUCAUGUCCCAGUCUGGAUAUCUUAGCCUCUGCAGGUCUCGGACUCACUGGACUAGGUCUUCUGGGGCCUACCACCUUAUCACUAAAGACUUCAACAACCCCAAACUCACUCUUGAAUGCUCUUAAUAGCUCAGUUAGUCCUUUGCAAAGUCCAAGUUCGGGUACCCCGAGCCCUACGUUAUGGGCACCUCCACUUGCUAAUACUUCAAGUGCCACAGGUUUCUCUGCUAUACCACACCUGAUGAUUCCAUCGACAGCCCAAGCCACUCUCACCAAUAUUUUGUUGUCCGGAGUGCCCACCUACGGGCACACGGCCCCGUCUCCCCCUCCUGGCUUGACUCCUGUUGAUGUCCACAUCAACAGCAUGCAGACAGAGGCCAAAAAAAUAUCUCCUUUAAACGGCCACACCCAGCCUCCAAACAUAAAAUAUGGUGCAAUAUCCACUUCUUCACUUGGAGAAAAAGUUCUGAGUGCCAACCAUGGGGAUCCAUCCCGACAGACAACUGGAUCUGAUCAGGCUUCUUCCAAAUCCAACCCUACAGAAGGCUGCAAUGACGCUUUUGUGGAAGUAGGCAUGCCUAGAAGUCCUUCCCAUUCAGGCAAUGCUGGUGACUUGAAACAGAUGAUGGGAUCUUCCAAAGUUUCCUGUGCCAAAAGACAGACAGUAGAACUACUGCACGGCACCAAAAAUUCACACUUACACAGCACUGACAGGUUGUGCUCAGAUCCUGAAUUGAGUGCUGCAGAAAGCCCUUUGACGGACAAGAAAGCUCCAGGGAGCGAGCGGGCUGCCGAGAGGGCUGCAGCUGCCCAGCAAAACUCAGAAAGGGCCCGUCUUGCCCCACGGCCUUCUUACAUCAAUAUGCAGGCCUUUGACUAUGAACAAAAGAAGCUCUUAGCAACCAAAGCUAUGUUAAAGAAACCAGUGGUGACAGAGGUCCGAACACCUACAAAUACCUGGAGUGGUCUGGGCUUUUCAAAGUCCAUGCCAGCUGAGACUAUCAAAGAGCUGAGAAGAGCUAAUCAUGUAUCGUAUAAGCCCACAAUGACAACUACUUUUGAGGGCUCAUCAAUGUCCCUGUCAAGGUCCAACAGUCGUGAGCACUUGGGAAGCGGAAGUGAAUCUGAGAACUGGAGAGAUCGAAAUGGAAUAGGACCAGCGAGUCACAGUGAAUUUGCAGCUUCUCUUGGGAGUCCCAAACGCAAACAAAACAAAUCAACGGAACACUAUCUCAGCAGUAGCAAUUACAUGGACUGCAUUUCUUCGCUGACAGGGAGCAAUGGCUGUAGUCUGAACAGCUCUUUCAAAGGCUCUGACCUCCCUGAGCUCUUCAGUAAGCUGGGCCUGGGCAAAUAUACAGACGUCUUCCAGCAGCAAGAGAUUGAUCUUCAGACAUUCCUCACUCUUACUGAUCAGGAUUUGAAAGAACUAGGAAUCACAACCUUUGGUGCCAGAAGGAAAAUGCUACUAGCAAUCUCAGAACUCAAUAAAAACCGAAGAAAGCUUUUCGAACCGACAAGUGCUGCACGAACCUCGUUUUUGGAAGGUGGAGCAAGUGGGAGGCUGCCCCGUCAGUAUCAUGCAGACAUUGCGAGUGUCAGUGGUCGUUGGUAGCAGAAGCUUCCAGGCAGAGGGAUACCAUCUUGGACCCAGAAGCUCUCAGACAGCCUCCACUGCGCUUAGCAUGCUGGGUAUCUGGACCAAAGCAUCAUACUUGCACCUGAACUUUGUGCCAAAAAAGGAAAAGAGAAGAUAUUUUUAUGACAUAGAGAAAAACCACAUGUGGAUUGCUUUUUUUAUAUAUAUAUAUAAUGACAGUUGAACAGAAUUUACCAUACGAAGAUAGGCCUUUAUAUCCUGUUUGUAUUUACCUAUAUAACAUAUGCACUGAUUUAUUU